AUGGCGGUGGUCUCUGCUCUGAGUGUGUUACGAGAUGCAUUUCCCGCUGCAUCUCUGGAUCUCUGUGUGCCUGGAAGUGUCUCUGGGGGUCUGGCCAGGUCUCUUUCCUGCCUUGUCUUCUUCACCUGCCCUUUGAAGUCCCACUCCGAAAUGCAACAGCAAGAGUCAAGCUACAGUAACUCACCAAAAAGAAAUGCCUGGAGAAGGUUGCUCAGGGCUGCAGUCCUAUUACAAAAGCAGAAUAUCUUAGCAAAGGCGUUAUAUGACAACCAGGCUGAGUGUGCUGAUGAGCUAGCCUUCUGCAGAGGAGACAUCCUUAACGUUCUGGAAAAGAACGUCCCGGAGAGUGAGGGAUGGUGGAAGUGUUCUCUCCAUGGGAGAAAGGGACUGGCUCCCGCUAACCGGCUCCAGCUUCUCUCUGAUACCCAGGCUGGCAGGCUGUCUCCUCCUCCGGGGGCCUUGGAAGGAUCAUCCUCCAGCCCACAGAACUCCUACCAGGUGCCAUCUGAGCUCAAGCCUUCCCCUCCAGCAGGUGUGUACGAAAAGAUGGUUGGCUGGGUCAAGAAGCCCUCUCCACAACUGUCUCCAGCUACUUAUCAAGUAUAUGAACUACCAGAACCUUUGACUUCUGCAAAAAUAUUCAGUGAGCGGACCGUCGGCCUUGCCAAGCAGGCCCUUUUUACUCUCCCUAGGCCUACCCGGGCCUCAUUACCAACUAUUCACACCAAGAUAUAUGAUGUUCCAUCACAACAGUGCACUGGGCCCUUGUUCCCUAAGGAACUGGAGCAGCAUCAAGUGUAUGAUAUUCCAGCUGGCCCAGAUAAGGCAAGAAUCAGUGUUCAGCCAGAUGCUCUAAAAAGCAGUGCAUAUGAUGUUCCCCCUGCAAUCGCAAGAGGCCCCAUUCAAAGAGAUGCAACCUCUGUUAUUUGUUCACCAAUAAGGUCUCUGAGGAAAUGUGUCAAAUAUUAUAACACUUUGCCAACUCCUCGGAAACCAGGCUGGAUUUAUGAUGUUCCAGCAUCACCAGAAAAAACAGAUCUGAAGCAGGCCUCUCCGUUGAAUUCACCAGAAAAACAAACACCUUUUUAUGAUGUUCCCCCUGCCAGAUAUCCAUCCGGUUUACAUAAUUCUCCCAAAAGCAAAGAGAAGCUGUUCAAUCCACAAACAUGCACUGUUCCUUCAGUGCAGAAAAAGAUCUCUUUGCAGGAAUUUCCCAUCUACGACAUUCCAUCCUCCAGGGAUGCAAUACUCUUACAGCCGAGUGGGGACUACAAUGUUCCUCCCAGCUUUCUGAUUCCUCGGGUCGAACAACAGAACACCAAGCAAAACAUUUAUGAUAUCCCAAAAGGGAUGCCCCCUGCUUCCACGCAGAGGAAAGAGCCUGGAACAAGUGAUGGGCCUUCUGAAAAUUUUGCUUACGCAGUUCCUUCUUGGCUGGCCAAAGAUACUAAAUCGGCGGCCUCUAAGCCAUCCGAAUGUGACCGACUCUCCAUUUCCAGUCUAGACAGCAGGGCCAGCACGCUUUCUACCUGCUCAUCCUCUUCGACUGAUUCCUCACCUGUUUCCCCAUCAGAAGACCAAGUUAAAGAGGCUGCUGCCCUGGACCUUGAGUUGGCCAAAGAAACCAUGACAGGCUUGCAGCACAGGGUGGCUAGUUCAAUAGCUAGCUUAAUGAUCUUUGUGAGUAGUAAGUGGAGAUUCAGUGAAUAUCUGAAGGCCACUAUCGAUGAAAUCCACAGGGCUGCUGAUCAUAUCCAAGAAUCUCUGGGAGAAUUCCUGGAUUUUGCCCGGGAUAUCAGUAUGAACGCUGACAACCUCACAGAUAGUAACCUACAAACAAGAAUAAAAAAGCAACUACAGAUUAUUUCUGACUCCUACCAGAUUCUCCUAGAGACAAAGGAGGCUCUGAACAACUGCAACUGGUCCCUGGAUGUCCUUAUCACAGACAAACUUCAGAACAACCCGGAUGACCUAGAUAGAUUUGUCAUGGUGGCCCGCACCAUUCCAGAAGAUAUUAAGCGCUUUGCGGCCAUCAUCGUGGCUAAUGGGAAGCUCCUCUUUAAACCGAAACAGAAGAAAGAAGAGCCCUCAAAUCUGAACAUCAGCACUGAGUACAAAAUCGUGAAAUGCAUCCAGCUUCCCAGGAGGAGAGAAAUUGAUUCACACCAAAAUAAUAUUUCCCUCACCACACCAAGGGAAAGUCAACCCUCUUCUGACAUCUCAAGUGGAAACAGGGGAAAUAUCUGUGAAAAUGUUGAAUCACAGAAGUCAUUUAGUCUGGUACAGGAACAAAAACCCAUUUUGAAUCAAGAGACAGCAAGGAACAAAGACUCGAAAAGAAAGGUCUUCCUGACCAAGCACAAAGCUCCGAGUAAACAGGACUCAAAGAAGAAAGUUAACCUUUCAGAACACUGCAGACUCUACUUCAGUGGGCUUCUUAAGGCCAUCAGUGUGUUUAAUAGUAGCCUUAGCAGUAAUCAGCCACCCGAAACUUUCAUCGCUCAGAGCAAACUGAUCAUUAUGGUAGGACAAAAGCUGGUAGAUGCCCUCUGCCAGGAGACCCAGGAGAAGGAUGUGCGGAAUGAGAUUCUUUGCAAUAGCAGUCAGCUUUGUAGUCUGUUGAAGAAUCUGGCUGUGGCCACGAAGAAUGCUGCUGUACAGCAUCCUAACUUUGAAGCCAUGGGAGAACUUCAGGCUGCGGCAGAAAAUCUGACAAAGCACAUACUGCAGUUCCGAGAGACUCUGGAAUAAGAUGUUCUUAAAGCCAUAUGGUUUUCUCACUUUCGAAACAGCCGCCCCAAGGUUGUCCCAUCUCCCUCACUUCACAAUCCCUCUAGAAUUUACCUCUGGUUCUGUCUGAGUAGCU